AGGGAUGAGGAAGGUGGAGGUGCGGUAGCUGCUUCUCCAGGGACCUGUGGGAUUUAAGAAUAUCACUCCUAAGAAAAUUUGCUGCUUCUACAGCCUUUCAUCUUAGUGUGCAAUUGAUGAUUUCACUUGAAAUACCUAUCUGAAGAAACUAACAAUAGGCAAGGUGUAAUUGCUUUUUAAAAAUGUUAAAAGUUCAGCAGUGUGUAACAGCUGACAGGAUACCCAAGAAAAAGCCAUAUAUUUGUGACAUUUGCUAUAAACAGUUUGAAACUCCAUCAAAAUUAGCUAGGCAUUAUCUGAUACAUACUGGUCAAAAGCCAUUUGAAUGUCAUGUAUGCCAUAAAACAUUUAGACAGCUAGUCCACCUGGAGAGGCAUCAGUUAACCCAUAAUCUACCUUUUAAGUGUAUUGUUUGUCAUAGAAACUUCAAAAACUUAAUCACUUUCUUAAAGCAUCAGCAGCUUCAUAACGAAAAUUAUCAGAAUGAUACCAAGCAAGCAGAAAACUCUGUGAAUUUUGCGCAAGACAGGGUCACUUAUGGCAUAUUUCGAUGUUCUAUGUGCUGCAAAUCUUUUACAACUGAAGAGAGGUGGAUGCUGCAUCAGUGCCUGAAGGCAGAUCGUCUACACGGUGCCAGAAGGAGAAAGAAAACUCACGCUUGUGAAUCGUGUAACAAGACAUUUCCAUCAAGAUCUAAGCUAGAAAGACACUUCCUUAUUCACACUGGCCAGAAACCGUUUAAGUGUUCUUCAUGUGGUAAAUCUUUCAGACAGUCAACACACUUGAAAAUCCAUCAGCUCACACACACAGAAGAAAAGCCUUUUCAGUGCUGCUUUUGUCAGAAGGGGUUUAAAAUACAGAGCAAACUCAUGAAGCACAAACAGCUCCACGCCAGAAAUAAGACAUUCCCCAAUAUUUUAUACAAAGCAAAAACUCUUAAAUAUCCCAGACCACAGAACCUGUUGGAAGGAAAGAGGGAUAGUUUUGAGAAUGCUGACACUUACGAGUCACAGGAGAACGACCCACAUGAUGUUCACUCGAUUUAUAUUGUACCCUUUCAGUGCCCAGCAUGUGAGAAGUGUUUUGAAACGGAGCAGGUUCUAAAUUUGCACAAAUGUUGUUAUCUGAGAGAUGGCAAAAGUUCCAAUAAUGGUACAACAGCAUGCAGCCACACAGUCAGCAUGAAAAAUAACAUCCUGAUGAAGCUGAAGCGUACUGGGGGAAAGGCAACAGAUUUUUCUCUGACUGACAGAAAAAAAAUAAAAUCACGUCACUUUAAAAGUCCUGACCUGGUUGCAGCUAGAGAUCAGCGUUCUGAUCAGCAUGCUUCCACUAAACCUUUCAAGGAUUGCCAUAGCAAGCUUGACAUGCACAAGGCACUUAGUAAUCGGAUGAAAAGAAAGUUAGCUGUGCCAUUACCUUGGCAAGAGCACCUGCAACCUCACGACUUUGGACUUAAUUUAAAAGGUAUGCUUACCGGUGAAAGCAUGUUAAAAAUCGAUGAUUCACUGCAUAAUAAAGAUGACACUUUUUAUCGUUCAUCAGACGAUGGUUUCUUUGACAAUCCAGAAGUACUUCAUUGUGCUUUUUCAGCUGCUGCUAAAAAUAUACAUAACAGACACAAAGUGUGUAAAUGUGACAGAUGUGAAAAAAUCUUUCCAUCUUCAUCCAAACUUCAAAGGCACUAUCUUAUACACACGGGACAGAAGCCCUUUGGCUGUAAUGUUUGUGGGAAGACAUUUAGACAGUCAGCUCACUUAAAAAGACAUCAGCUCACCCAUACUGAAAAGAGACCCUACAAAAGCCCCGUUUGCCAGGUAGAAUUUGAAAACCUGAACAAACUUAUCAAUCAUCAGGGAGAUCACAUUGAAUUUAAGUCUUCUCAGCCUGUAGGUUAUUCGGGUUAUUCUCAAACACCUUCACAGGCAUCUGGCUUUCAAGAAUUUGAGCUGAUUCAGUCAAACCAAGCAGCUGAAAUCAAAGUUGAAGUCGAGUCAGGGGACUUUGUUCUUGAUACCAGCAAUAGAAACACACAGCCGUAUUUGUGUAGUAAAUUGCUGGAAACGGAGCAAAGCUGUUACAGCUAUUGGCAUGAAUUUUCUGAAGGUACUGAAAAAAGUGACGUUAACAAAUUGUAUCAAUGCAGUAUCUGCUUUAAAACUUUUAAAUCGCCUUCUAAGCUUGAAAGACAUUACCUAAUGCAUGCUGGACAGAAGCCGUUUGAAUGUUUAGUUUGUGGUAAGAAUUUCAGACAGGCCCCACAUUUGAAAAGACAUCACCUUAUUCACUUUAAAGAGAGCUUAAAGCUGAGGUCCACUGAGCAACAACCGGAGAAUAUAUUGUUUUUAUCAAAACUGGAUAAUGCCCUGUGA